AUGAGCUCUACAAAUCGACUCAAGGCUCUUUUCCUCAAUUUUAAAAAGAAGUCAAAUGGUAAAGACAAAGGCAAAGGGCGAGCCAAAGAUGAUGAAUAUAGUUGGCUUGAUUACGAGGAGGAUCCAGAGGAAGUAGGGAAGACGGGGGGAGAGGAUGUGGAGGACGAUGAUGAUGACGAACCAGUGGAGAAGUUCACUUUCAAGAGACAUCCAUACAUAGACUGGAAGAAGCAAGCUGCAGAAGAGCAGAAGGAGAGAGAUGCGCAAGUGAAGCUUCUGCGGCAGCAGCUUCAUGAUCUGUGGGAGCAGGAGCAGAGACAGUACCAACAAUGGUGCGAGCAGCGAAAGUAUUUGCUAGAGCAAGAACAAAGGCAGAAGCGGUGCCAGCAAUGGUACCGGCAGCAGCAACAGUAUCAACAGCAGUAUCAGCAGCAGUACGAACAGCAGUACGGGCAGCUGCAGAAGCUGAAGAGACGAGCGACAGAGCCGGCUUUGCCGUUGCCAUUGUCUGAACCUCUGGAGACGCUGCAGGGCCUCCAAGAGAGUAUCACAACCAUUCAAACGAGCCUCCAGCAACUUGUGGUCGCAUAUGGCAAUGCUCAAACGGUUUACGAGCGACAGCAGAUCGAGCAGGAGGAGCUUCGUCUCCUUAAGCGCCUUCAUCUUGCAAAAUCAGCUCUGAGGAAAACAGGGUUGGGGCAAAUCUUGGUUCGACUGAAAAACUUGUGGUUUAGUUUUAAGAAAAAGCGAAAAGAGAAGCAGCGGAAGGAUCAUGGAAAUGAGGAGGAGGAGAGGAAAGGAAAGUGGGAGGAGCAGAUAAUAGAUGGCCAAGUGAAUGAUGCCAAACAAGAGCGAGAGGAGCAUUUACGUCUACAAUUACUGCUACUACAAGAACAAAAGAAACGAGCUAAAGAGCGACCCCGAGAUUUGCUGCUGGAGCCUCGAGGGAUGAGUGAAUGUCUUCAACAAAGACUGUUCAAUAUCCAACGGGAGCUUCAAAAUCUUGGACCUCGAUAUAACCGAGCCCGGACAGACCAUGAACGACGAAAGAUUGAACAGGAGGAGUUCCUUCUUCUCGUACGCCUUUAUAAACGACCCUUGCAUCUUGUUCUUGUAACAUUCAAGAGUAUUGAACUAUUUAACCUUCGGGAUAGCUUUGAUAUCGAUGGUUAUUUCAGCAUUGUCAUCAAAGUUCCUGGCCUUAAAGCAACGGUUGCCUAUCCUAGAAACUCAGUAUUUUCAGCGGCAUCUCGAGGAUAUACCUUGGCACUCCACCAAUCAACUCAUACAGGUGUUCCACUGUCACCAGAAUACAAAGUUCUUGGUGUCACUGAAAAGAUAGUCCUGGCAUCCAAGCGUUAUGGUGCUGAUGAGCUGUCGACUAGGAACCAAGUAUUACGUAAUUGCGAGAAGGGCAUGAAAUCCUCUAUGUCCUCCAUAUCGAACAACAGAUCGUCCACCGAAACCAUAACGCAUUGA